AUGUCGUCAAAUUCUAUUGAAGACUUGAGGAGGUACGAAUCAUUCCAAAAGCACGGUCUUUCUGGGUUCCUCGUCGAUCUAAAUGGCACCAUUACUGAUUCAACGACUGCAGUUGAGAACCACUGGCAGGAUGUCUGCAAAGAAAUCGGCGUAGAUCCCAAGGUCAUCCUUGAGACAUCUCAUGGACGACGUAGCCUGGAUGUUCUUGAAUUGUUGGCACCUGCUUGCCAAGCGAGUCGAAUUUGCCAUUCCAGUAAAACAUGGCCAUCUUGCUACCACGAUACCAGGUGCCGCCGCAUUCUUGCUGUUGCUCACAUCUACCUCAGUGUCAUGGCCAUUGUCACAUCCAGCAGUUUCUCUUUGGCAACAGGUUGGCUAAGUACCUUUGAUCUUCCCUCUCCUGAUCCCGAGCGGCUAAUUACCGCCGAGUCCGUCAAGGUCGACAAGCCUGAUCCAACAUGUUACUUUCUUGGACACAAGAGCCUGGGAUCCGAUGGCCAUGAUGGAGAGACUAUGCUGGUCAUUGGGGAUAGCCCUGCUGGAAUUAGGGCCGGCAAAGAUGCAGGUUCUAAGGUUCUGGGCUUAAUGACGAGUCAUACAUACGAACAAGUCAAGUUCGCUGGGCCAGACUGGAUUGUCAAGGAUUUAGAAUCUGUCAAGAUUUUGGGAAAGAACGGAGACAAAGUUCUGGUCGAGAUAUGCAAACACAAUUUAACAUGA